CUGCGCGACAUCUUUCUCAGCCAAUCGACCCCAGACGUAUCAUCCCAGAUGCAUGCCACACGCAUCUCCCUCGCUGUUGCUACCCUUGUGGCUUUUGCGGCCUACCACACCAUCCAGACAGUCGGUGCUCUACCUGCGAGCACUGGUGCUCUCGUCCACGCCAGGGACCUCUUCGUGCCGCGCAACUCCAGCGGAGAGCCGGCUCACUGCUCGGACAGCCCCUGCGAUACUUGCGCAGGCGGGAAACUUGAAUGCGGAGACUGCAAGCACUGUCAGAGUCCCCCCGCCAUUCGUGCGCUCGACGCCUCAAUCGGUGCAGACAUCCUCAUGGUGAACUGAUUGCGACUGGUAUUAGUGCCUGCGUCGACUGAAUCACCCGGCUCGUAACAUCCCCCUCCGGCUCAACAAGCGCGACUUCUGCAACGGCUGCUCCUGCAGUACUGCCUCGGAUUGCCCGCCUGAAUGCUGUCCCUGAUGCAACCGCUGACGCGGUCAGUGUGUAAGGGAGGCCAGUGUUUCGCCG